AUGUAUUCGGCCACCUUCCUGCGCGUUUGCGUCGCCUUGAUGCUGCAGGGUCCGCCGCCAAACGACGCCAAAAUGCCGCCGUUCCUGUGUCUAGAGGAGGAUAGACCCCAAGCGUUGUGUCUGAAUGCCGAGCCCCCACUUGUCCAAUCCACUACACCGCCUACACAUACUGUCGGCGUUCUACCUUCGAAUUGGAACGGGAGACAUAACGACUGUCAGUUGUUGGCCAAUGCUCACCCCGGAAAGACGAUCCAAAAGCUAUGCUGCUCUGCAAAAUUGAAAGUCGAUGGAGAUACCGAUAGAUGGGGAUUCUUCCGGGUCAGCGCGGCCGACGUUUCUGAUAUGUGUUGA